AGUGAAAUAUUUUUCAACCGCAUGUAAGGUCGUCUACCUCGGCGUUUUAUAUCCAAUAAUUCCUAUUUCUUCAGUUAUGCAGUCAACCCAUGAAUUUGAACUAUUUCCUGACCACAGUGUAACUCAGUUGCUAUUCAAAGAUGUGAAAAACGCGUCCGAAUUGAGAAAAAAUGCAAUGGAAGGAAAGAUCAAUGGUGCUUUGAUAAACCCAUCUAUGAUAGUAAACCCCUUCCAAGUGCUAGUGGCAGCUAACAAAGCAGUCCACUUACAUAGAAUCGGAAAAAUGAAGACAAGGAGCUUGUAUUCUGAAAUAAUCUACAACCUUUCACCCACUAAUAAUAUUUCAGAGGCCUUUAAGAGGUUUGGGAUAUCAGACAGUGACUCUGCAGUCCUCAUUGUUCUGGUCCAUCCAACAGAGGAGACACAUCAUGUGACUGAUGUCAUGGUCAAGGUAGAUGGAAAACAGAUCCCAGUUGAGGAUGUCUCUAAGAUGACUGACACUGUUCAGAUCAAAAAGCUGUACAAAACCACACCCCAGGAAGACAAGUGUCUUCUGGAUGCUGUUGUCUGUAGGAUGGCAAUCAAAGAUGUUAUAUAGCUCCUCUAGAAGACAUGUCAAUAUAUUGAAACUUUCGUGUCAUUGAUUUGUGUUUCUGAGAUUUUUAUAUUGAUGGUGUUACAUAAAAGCAAGUAUUUUCUCCUUAAAUAUAUCACAAAACAUGUAUUUGAUAUAAAAAAAAAAACAGGACUGUUGAAACCAGUUAGAAGAUAUAGAUGUGGACAAUGUGUGAGGACCAACCUAAUUUAUAUUUGUCCAUUGGUUUCAUGACUUUGGAGGGACACAACAUACAAGAAACAGUACCCUCAGUAGGUGUAGGGACAGUGAAGUUGGAAUGACUAUUUUUGCUGUACAAUCAACACAUGAAAAUACCAUUAAAAGAUGAAGAAUUUCAUCUUUAUUUCUGUCCAUUUUAACACUUACAUGUUACCAACUAAGAGUUCCAUCCCCCCAUUUUACCUGUGGCUGACCGGUUUGCCUGAUCAGAUGUUUUCUAUUGCAUUGAUUGUUCACACUUAAAAGAGCUGUAAAUACAUAGUCUGAGUUGCUUGUGCUAUGAAAGAAAAGCAAGCGCUUGGAUUCUGAAAUAAAAGAGGAAAUAAAUUUG